AAUUCCUCUCCUAGUUAUAUAUACAUUUAAUACAAUUCAAUCAUUCAACAGUAUUUUUUGUAGAUAUGAACAAGCUGAUUCAAAAACAUGGAAAGAUAAGGGAACCAGAAUAGUCACACAAAUGUGAAAAAAAUAAAGCUGUAUAACACAAACUGAUUUUAAGACUUAUUGUACAUCUACAGUAAUCAAGACUGAGUUGUAUUAGUGCAGAAAUACAUAGAUAGAUACAGGAAUACACAGAUAAAAAGAACAAAUUAGAAUUCAGAAGUGGACCCACAUAAAUAUGAUCAACUGAUUUUCGACAAAGAUGCAAAAACAAUUCAAUAUAGAAAGGAUAGUCUUUUCAAUAAAAUGAUGGUGUAAUAAUUAGACAACCUUAUGCAAAAAAAGAAUCUGAUAUCUAAUACAAAAAUAAGCCUUACAUUUUAUACAAAAUUUAACUCAACAUGGAUCACUAAAUGUGAAAUGUAAAACUACAAAACUUUUAGAAAAAAACAUAGGAGAGAGCUUCUUUAUCUGGGGUUAGGCAAAUUAGAUAAUCAUAUUGAAAACUCUUAAAUGACUAAAAUGGGUAAAUUUUAUUAUAUGUAAACUAUACCUCAAUAAUGUUGACAUUUUAAAAGUACACAAAGAAGGUGGCUAAAAAAUAAUCCAUAAAAAUGCAGCUGGUCUCUCAACCUUCUCACCAAGGUGACUAUCACAAUAUUACUCUGGGAGGAUAUAGGAUAUUAUUAUCUAGAGAAAUUUAAUCAGAAAAGCAACUGACUUGAGGAUAAUAAUUCAGGCAGAUGGUAUAAGAAAAUAGGACAAAGUUCCUUUUCUAGCCCCUUCCCGCUAAUUAACAACUUUUUAGUUCAUAUUAAAUUUGAAUGAACAUCUAGGUAUCACUAAAUAAUUCAGGAACACCUUGAACCUAAGAAUUAGAUCUAUAAAGCAAGGACCAGAAAAGGUCCAAACAAACUACUGCAGAGAGCCAACAGCAAAUACUAUAGCAAUGAAGCAAUGAAACUAUUAUAAUAAGGUCUUAUAAAGAAGUGUGUUUUUGAAAGUCAUCAGUAUAAAAGAAGGCUUAAAAGAAAAAGAUAAAUUUUCCAGAAUGUAGAAAAAUAAAACAUUAAGAAAAAAUAGAAAAUUAGAGAAUAAAUAAAUCCAAAGUGCUUCAACAAUUGCCCACCUCACUGCCCCUCAUCCUCCACCAUGCAUAAAGAAGUUAGUAGCUCAGAACAAUACCAGCCCUUUGCAAUUUUGGAAACUCCUCUCAGCCACUGCAAACUCGUCACAGGUAUUGUGAUUCCCCGCUUCAGCCUCCCCAAUCACGUCGUCUCCACCUCUCCUAGCUCCCUGACCAGCUUCGGUCUCACCACCUCAGGUUCCACCACCCCUCUGCACUGAGGAACAUCAAGACAAACGCGCCCCGGAACAAAGGCCAAAACUGCAACCCGGGAAAUCUGCGCCCGCACACUGUUCGGGUGCACUAACUCCUAAAAUCUCCGGAAUUUGGCCAAGCGCAGGUUUCUCUGUGAGAGGAACUAAGAUCACUUUUGAGCGGUCCACCAACCGUUUUCCCUGCUCCGAACUACAUUCCCCACAAAGAUCAGGGACAAACGGUCUUCCCAGGCAAACUUCCUCCCUUCUUCCCGAGGCUGGGGAUAGUAGGGCAGGUCCGGGAAGUAAGCCCAUCUCAAACGCAUCGUCCGAGCGGCCUUCCUUGGGAGCCAUGGCCUAAGCCUGUGCUGGGGCUCCGUGAGGCAACCGGGGCGCGGUUCGAUAAGGGACGCGAGCCUUUCGGCAGGGCAGCAACUAAGCGCUGAGAGGAAUCCUGACGACCAUCCGCCAUCUUGCCCGCCCCGGCGUUUCCCAGAGGACGCCUCGGCAUGACCGCGCUUCUCGCGGGAAUUCAGCCUCAAAGUCACGCGCUGGCGGGACCCUCAGGACUUCGCCGGCAACUACUCCUGCGCGGUGGAGGGCUCUUCUGCUUUGGGAGCUUGGAAGGCCUGAGCUCUACGCUUUUUCAAAAGAAGAACCCAGAGAAGGUCCUUUUCUACAAAUAUAAAAGCUAUGGCUCAGUUCUGGAAUCAAGAUGUGAGACCAAGAAAUUAUUUCUGAAGAAGGAAAUUUAUGAAAUAGAGUCAGCCCAGUGGGAGAUAAUGGAAAAACUUACAAAACAUGACCUUCAGUGCUCUAGUUUCAGAGAUGAUUGGGAAUGUAAUGGCCAGUUUGAGAAACAGGAUGGCUCUCAGGAGGGACAUUUCAGUCAAAUGAUAUUCACUCAUGAAGACAUGCCCACUUUCAGUCAGCAUCCAUCCUUUACAUUACAGCGAAUAAUUAAUAAUAAAGAGAAAUACUGUGCAACUAAAGAAUAUAGGAAAACUUUUAGACAUGGCUCACAAUUUACUACUCAUCAGAUAAUUCAUACCAUUGAGAAGCCCUAUGAAUGUAAAGAAUGUGGAAAGUUCUUUAGACAUCCCUCAAGACUUACUCAUCAUCAGAAAAUUCAUACUGGCAAGAAACCCUUUGAAUGUAAGGAAUGUGGAAAAACCUUUAUUUGUGGCUCAGACCUUACUCGACAUCACAGAAUUCACACUGGUGAGAAACCCUAUGAAUGUAAGGAAUGUGGAAAGGCUUUCAGUAGUGGUUCAAACUUUACUCGACAUCAGAGAAUUCACACUGGUGAGAAACCCUAUGAAUGUAAGGAAUGUGGGAAGGCCUUUAGUAGUGGUUCAAAUUUUACUCAACAUCAGAGAAUUCAUACUGGGGAGAAACCGUAUGAAUGUAAGGAGUGUGGCAAUGCCUUUAGUCAGAGCUCACAACUUAUUAAACAUCAAAGAAUCCAUACAGGUGAGAAACCUUAUGAAUGUAAAGAAUGUGAUAAGGCUUUUCGUUCUGGUUCAGACCUUACCAGACAUCAGAGAAUUCAUACUGGUGAGAAACCCUAUGAAUGUAAGAUAUGUGGGAAAGCCUAUUCUCAGAGUUCACAACUUAUUAGUCAUCAUAGAAUUCAUAAUGGUGAGAAACCAUAUGAAUAUAGGGAAUGUGGAAAGAACUUUAAUUAUGGCUCACAACUUAUUCAGCAUCAAAAUCUGUACUGGUGAUAAACUAGAAUAUAUGAAGUGUAUAGGAAGGAUUUUAAUUAUGGCUAAAAAGUAUUCAACAUCAUGGAAUUUAUCGUGUUAUUAAUUCCUCUAGAUAGAAUAAUGUGGAAACAUAUUUGUUGACUACAGCUUAUUCAGCUCAUGAAAAAUAAUGUUGGAGAAACACCAUAUACAUAGAAUACAUUUUGGAAGCUCUUUAAUAAAAGCCCAUAUUUCUCUUAACAUCA